UUCUGCUCUUUGUGUGGGGUGGAUUAGCGGAUAGAGACCGAACCCAGAGCAUCAGUUCUACUCCACCGAGCAAACGCUGUUUCACACAGUUUCUCCCCGUUUUGCACUGACCGCCCGUUAGUUUAAGAGUGGACAUGCAAUUAGCAGAUUGGACUGUUUUGUGAGUGAACCUGUGUCGCCAUGACAACCCACGUAACCCUGGAGGAUGCGCUGUCCAAUGUGGACCUGCUGGAGGAGCUUCCCCUCCCAGACCAGCAGCCAUGCAUCGAACCCCCACCAUCCUCCAUCAUGGGACUUAAUGAAAUGCUGGAGGAGGGGCACGAGUAUGCCGUCAUGCUGUACACCUGGAGGAGCUGCUCCAGAGCCAUUCCUCAGGUGAAGUGCAACGAGCAGCCAAACCGAGUGGAGAUCUAUGAGAAGACCGUGGAGGUGCUGGAGCCUGAGGUCACCAAGCUCAUGAAAUUCAUGUACUUCCAGCGCAAGGCCACUGAACGUUUCUGCAGCGAGGUAAAGCGACUGUGUCAUGCUGAACGCAGGAAGGACUUUGUGUCCGAGGCCUACCUCCUCACUUUAGGAAAGUUUAUCAACAUGUUUGCUGUGCUGGACGAACUGAAGAACAUGAAGUGCAGUGUAAAAAAUGACCACUCUGCUUACAAGAGAGCGGCUCAAUUCCUGAGAAAGAUGGCUGACCCACAGUCCAUCCAGGAGUCCCAAAACCUCUCUAUGUUUUUAGCCAAUCACAACAGAAUUACACAGUGUCUGCACCAGCAGCUGGAGGUGAUCCCAGGUUAUGAGGAGCUGCUGGCUGAUAUUGUCAACAUAUCUGUGGAUUACUACGAGAACAAGAUGUACCUGACCCCCAGUGAGAAACACAUGCUGCUAAAGGUCAUGGGUUUUGGUCUAUACUUGAUGGAUGGAAAUGUCAGCAACAUCUACAAACUGGAUGCAAAGAAAAGGAUAAACCUUAGCAAAAUCGACAAGUUCUUUAAGCUUCAGGUCGUGCCCCUGUUUGGAGACAUGCAGAUUGAGCUGUCACGCUACAUAGAAACAAGUGCCCACUAUGAAGAGAACAAGUCCAAGUGGACCUGCACUCAGAGCAGCAUCAGUCCACAGUAUAACCUUUGCGAGCAGAUGGUGCAGAUCAGAGACGACCACAUCCGCUUCAUCUCUGAGCUGGCGCGCUACAGUAACAGUGAGGUGGUGACUGGAUCAGGGCUGGACAGUCAGAAGUCUGAUGAAGAAUACAAGGAGCUUUUCGACUUGGCACUCAGAGGACUGCAGCUUCUGUCCAAGUGGAGCACUCAUGUCAUGGAAGUGUACUCUUGGAAACUAGUCCACCCGACUGAUAAGUUCUGCAAUAAGGACUGUCCUGGCACAGCUGAGGAGUAUGAACGCGCCACACGCUACAACUACACCAGUGAGGAGAAGUUUGCCUUGGUGGAGGUCAUUGCUAUGAUCAAGGGUCUUCAGGUUCUGAUGGGACGGAUGGAGAGUGUGUUCAACCAGGCCAUCAGGAACACAAUCUACUCUGCCCUGCAGGACUUUGCACAAGUGACCCUUAGAGAGCCACUCAGACAGGCUGUGCGCAAGAAAAAGAACGUCCUCAUUAGUGUACUUCAGGCAAUUCGUAAAACCAUCUGUGAUUGGGAAGGGGGAAGAGAACCUCCUAAUGACCCCUGUCUGAGGGGAGAGAAGGACCCCAAAGGAGGAUUUGACAUCAAAGUUCCUCGUCGCGCUGUUGGCCCCUCAAGCACACAGCUCUACAUGGUACGCACCAUGCUGGAGUCUCUUAUCGCUGAUAAAAGUGGCUCUAAGAAGACUCUUCGCAGCAGUCUGGAUGGCCCCAUCGUUCAGGCCAUAGAGGACUUCCACAAGCAGUCCUUCUUCUUCACCCAUCUCCUGAACUUUAGUGAGGCCCUGCAGCAGUGCUGUGAUCUGUCCCAACUAUGGUUCCGAGAGUUCUUUCUGGAGCUCACCAUGGGCCGUCGCAUUCAGUUCCCCAUUGAGAUGUCCAUGCCCUGGAUCCUCACCGACCACAUUCUGGAGACCAAAGAGCCCUCCAUGAUGGAAUAUGUGUUGUAUCCGUUGGACCUUUAUAAUGAUAGUGGUUAUUAUGCCCUCACCAAAUUCAAGAAGCAGUUCCUCUAUGAUGAGAUAGAGGCCGAGGUCAACCUGUGUUUCGAUCAGUUUGUGUACAAGUUAGCUGACCAGAUAUUUGCCUACUACAAAGCAAUGGCUGGAAGUGUCCUCCUAGACAAACGCUUCCGUGCGGAGUGUAAGAACUAUGGUGUGAUCAUUCCAUACCCGCCUUCAAACCGCUAUGAGACACUGCUCAAACAGAGACAUGUACAGCUGUUGGGUCGCUCCAUUGACUUGAACAGAUUGAUAACCCAGAGGAUCUCAGCAGCCAUGUACAAAUCCCUGGAUCAGGCCAUCAGCCGCUUUGAGAGCGAGGACCUCACCUCCAUAGUGGAGCUUGAAUGGCUGAUGGAAAUCAACAGGUUGACUCAUCGCCUGCUCUCGAAGCACAUGACCCUGGACAGUUUUGACGCCAUGUUCCGUGAGGCCAAUCACAACGUGUCUGCUCCAUACGGCCGCAUCACACUGCAUGUCUUCUGGGAACUCAACUUUGACUUCUUACCAAACUACUGUUACAAUGGCUCCACCAACAGGUUUGUGCGGACAGCCAUUCCCUUUACCCAGGAGCCUCAGAGGGACAAACCUGCCAAUGUCCAGCCUUACUACUUGUAUGGCUCCAAGCCUCUGAACAUUGCUUACUCCCACAUCUACAGUUCCUACAGGAAUUUUGUGGGUCCUCCACACUUCAAAACAAUAUGCCGUCUUCUUGGUUACCAGGGCAUCGCUGUGGUGAUGGAGGAGCUGCUCAAGAUUGUCAAGAGCUUGUUGCAAGGCACCAUCCUGCAGUAUGUGAAAACCCUCAUAGAGGUGAUGCCCAAGAUCUGCCGUCUCCCUCGUCAUGAGUACGGAUCACCAGGCAUCUUGGAGUUCUUCCACCAUCAGCUGAAGGACAUCAUUGAGUACGCUGAGCUCAAGACAGAUGUGUUUCAGAGUCUGAGGGAGGUGGGCAACGCUAUCCUCUUCUGUCUGCUCAUCGAGCAAGCUCUGUCACAGGAAGAAGUUUGUGACUUACUUCAUGCUGCUCCAUUCCAGAACAUCCUCCCAAGAGUCUACAUAAAAGAGGGUGAGCGACUUGAGGUGAGGAUGAAGAGGCUGGAAGCAAAGUAUGCUCCUCUUCACCUGGUGCCCCUUAUUGAGAGACUUGGGACCCCACAGCAAAUUGCAAUAGCACGAGAGGGAGACCUGCUGACCAAGGAGCGUCUGUGCUGUGGUCUGUCCAUGUUUGAAGUCAUCCUGACGCGCAUUCGCAGCUUCCUUCAGGACAGCGUGUGGCGAGGCCCUCCCCCCACCAAUGGCGUCAUGCAUGUGGACGAGUGCAUGGAGUUCCACCGCCUCUGGAGCGCCAUGCAGUUUGUGUACUGCAUCCCUGUGGGCACGCACGAGUUCACUGCAGAGCAGUGCUUCGGUGAUGGUCUGAACUGGGCUGGAUGUGCCAUUAUUGUGCUAUUAGGACAACAGCGUCGCUUUGACCUCUUCGAUUUCUGCUACCACUUGCUGAAGGUCCAGAGGCAGGACGGCAAAGAUGAGAUCAUUAAGAAUGUGCCCCUGAAAAAGAUGGCAGAUCGCAUCAGAAAGUAUCAGAUUCUCAACAACGAGAUCUUCGCCAUCCUCAACAAAUACAUGAAGGCUGUGGAGACAGACAGUUCUACUGUGGAGCAUGUUCGCUGUUUCCAGCCUCCUAUACAUCAGUCUCUGGCCACCACAUGUUAAAUAAACUUUAUUUGACUUCCAGCUAUCCUAUUCUUCCUCUGGUGUGACAUUGGUCUCAAAUGUAGUGUACAGGGCCUUUCAAGAUUGCCUUCGGCUUUAUUUAAAUAAGAGACAAACCUCCAGUCUCGCCACAUGGUUAAAAAUCACAGUAGAUUUCUCAGUCUUCCCCAGCUGUUAUCUAACCCUUAUGAAUAUCAACACUCCCUAUCCGUAUCACAUUUGAAGUGAACCAGUUUGAGAGAUUUAGGACUGCCGAAAAUAUUUCCAGGUCACCAGAGGAAGUUUAAAAAAAAUGCUGAUUAAGUUCUAGUUUAAAAACAAAAA